AGUGAAACCUAUUGUUGGUUGUUACUUAUUAGUUAUUGGUGUUUGCUGCAGCGUUUGGCGCAGUUUUCUCGUUUAUAUUAUUUGUUAUUAGUGUUAUUAUAUUAUACUUCGUGAUUUUCAUUUGUGGUUCUUGUACAGAAAAUUAAGUUAUUUUAUUUUCCUCGUUUUCCGUAUUGUGGUCUCGACUCGGUGGAUCGCAAUUUUCAAUAAGCGACGCGACAACCAGAAAACAAAUAUUUAUUCAGAUCGUUCGUCAAUCGUUUGUUUUAUUCCACCGAAGUUGUUUUUUUAAGCGUUAUAAUAUGGAUCCGGCACAGGCACAGAUGAUGAACGAGAUUCGGUCUUUACGCCAGUUAUUAGAGGCUACGAACCAAAAGAUUGAUAAUAUAGCCAUAUCAGAGCGGAUUAGAGAUGAAACAGUGCGAAAAUCUGCCAAUUCCAUUACUGUCAUCAUCAGGCUUUUGGCUGGCUUAAGUAAAUUGUCCGUCGCAGAGUUACGAGAUAUUCUAAUUGAAUCGGAUGCUCUUUUAAACACUAUUCAUCCUAUUCCCACUACUGAUCAGAAUAUUGAUCCAACUCCUGUAACUAAUAAUCAAUUAAAAACUGUAUUAAAAGAGGUAUCUAAUUUACUUACUUUAAUGUCGAAUGUUGAACAACCUUCAAACCAAUCUUCUUCUACAACAUCAGACUCUGAGAAUGCUUAUAUUAAUAAAAUUAAUGAAGAGGAGAGACUACGGUUUUGGAGAAAAUACAAAAAUAAAUACAAUUAUAUGGGCAACAUUAGAUGUAAAGUUUCUACUUUAGAAACCCCAGUUCGAGAACUGGAACAUUGUGAAAAUGCUAUAGUUAAUAUUACACAAAAUAAUAUAAAUGAAGUUGUACAAAAUGAUUUAAAUGCCAAUACACAUAAUAAUUUAAAUGACAUUGUACAAAAUGAUGUAAACGAUGAAACACAAAAUAAUGUAAACGAAGAAACACAAAAUAAUGUAAACGAAGAAACACAAAAUGAUGUAAACGAAGAAACACAAAAUAAUGUAAAUGAAGAAACACAAAAUGAUAAUGAUGUAAACGAAGAAACACAAAAUAAUGUAAAUGAAGAAACACAAAAUGAUGUAAACGAAGAAACACAAAAUGAUGUAAAUUUCAAAUUUACUAGAGAUGAUGUUAUAAAAAAUAAGGCCGUGUAUGAAAUGUUGAGAAGUAGGCUUAAAAAUUCACCAUAUGAUGACCCUAUAUUUUUCCAUAAUAAUGUCAGACUUACUCAUAUUAAUAUAAAAACGGUAAAUGGUGAAUCUGUUAUAAAACCAGUGAGCUGUGUAGCACCUCUAAUAAUACUAAACAAAUGUGAUGAAAAAAGUAGUUCACCUUCAGUACAAGAAAAACCGUUAGAAUUACAUCAAAGUACUUCAAAUGGGAGUUCUAGUAAAAGGGAAACAAGAGCUAAUACAACCAAGAUUAAAACAAAUAGUUCCAAUGCUAAUGUUGAAACUAGUACUAAAAAGCGAAGUUUGACAAUCAAAAAUAGUAAAUGCAAAUCAUCAAAAAAAAAAAAAAAAUUAAAACAACCUUACAUUCAUUAAUAUUUGU